AUGCAAGCACAACCACAAGACGACCAGGACGCAAUCCUCCGCCGCCAAUGGAUCCCAUACUUGCGCGCCAACCUCCGCCAGGGCGUGGAAACGAGCCUCUUCGGCUACGGGAUGGUGGUGGUCCUGGCAAGUCUGGUCACGGUGCUCGCCGCCAAGACGCAGCCGCCUGACGCCGCCAUGGCCACCUGCCUCCGCUCGGUCCUGCACGACCGCAUGAGGCCGGCGGCGCGCCUCUGCUGGGAAGUGCUCGUCUACAUGACCGCGGUCUACAUCUUUCUUUGA